UGUGUGUGUGUGUGUGUUUCAAAAUACCGUGCAGUAGGCUGUUACUGCAGAAUAUUUCACUUUCUACUUCCAAUGAAGUAAAGUACCCUUAUUACCGUGUGCAGUGCUCUUCGAGUAUGUCGGAGUAUACUUAGUGUCGAGUGGAACACGCUCCAAAGUCAAACACGGAAGAGAGACUCGUUCAGAGACCUAAAAUGAAACUAACCCCGUGUGCUUAAAUCCGAAGACUAUAUUCCGCGAUAAUUACCAGAUAAAGGUCUUAAAUCAGGUGAAACAGGAGAGGAACAUGAGUCACUGCAAGGAGACAGAGGAGAAGCAAGAAGAGCUUGGUGCAGAACCCAGCUGUGUGUCAAUGAAAAGUGAUCGGUCCUUGAACAAACCAAUUGAUUUCAGUGAUGGAGCUGUGGCGUCUGACCCCAGAUCUGUGCCAUCAUCUACAUUCCACUGUCAGACCCACAUCAGGGAGGACAAACCUAAAGCAGUCCUGCAGAAACAUAUACUGGAGACAGAAAACCUGCAAAGACUCAAAGACCAACACAAAACCAGUAUAAGGAUCAAGUAUGAGAGAUUAUUUGAGGGAUUGAAACUCCAAAAGAAUGAAACCCCCUUGAACAGAAUCUACACACAGCUCUACAUCAUAGAGGGAGAGAGUGAAGGAGUGAAUAAAGAACAUGAGGUUUUACAGAUGGAGAAAACAGCCAGAACAAAACACUUACAAGACACUCCAGUCUACUGCAAUGACAUCUUUAAAGCCUCACCUAAACCAGGAUGUGAGGAGAAAGACCAGAUCAAGACUGUUUUUACUAAAGGCAUCGCUGGAAUCGGAAAAACCGUCUCUGUGCAGAAGUUUAUUCUGGACUGGGCUGAGGGAAAAAACAAUCAGGAUGUAGAUUUUAUGUUUGUGCUUCCAUUUCGAGAGCUGAACUUGAUCCGAGAUCAUCAGUACAGUCUUCACAGACUUCUGCUGGACUUUCAUCCAGAACUUCAAGAUCUGGACUUAAAGAUUUAUGAGGAGUCUAAAGUUGUGUUCAUCUUUGAUGGUCUGGAUGAAAGCAGAAUCACCCUGAUGUUUUCAGAUGAUCAGAAAGUUUGUGAUGUGACUGAGACUUCAUCAGUGAGUGUGUUGAUGACAAACCUCAUGAAAGGAGUGAUGCUUCCCUCUGCUCUCAUCUGGAUCACCUCCAGACCAGAAGCAGCCAAUCAGAUCCCCUCCAAAUACAUUAACCGUCUGACAGAAAUUCAGGGAUUCACUGAUCCUCAGAAGGAGGAAUAUUUCAGGAAGAGAAUCAGUGACGAGCAUCAAGCCAGCAGAAUAAUCUCACACAUCAGAAGAGCAAGAAGCCUCCACAUCAUGUGCCACAUCCCUGUCUUCUGCUGGAUCUCAUCCACUGUGUUUCUGAAGCUCCUGAAAGAAGAUCUGAGUGCAGAAAUCCCUCAAACUCUGACUGAAAUGUACAUCCACUUCCUGCUGAUUCAGAUCAACAUGAGGAACCAGAAGUAUGAAGAGAGUGAUCCAGAGAAACUCCUGCAGUCUAACGGAGACGUAAUUGUGAAACUUGCUAAAGUGGCUUUCAAACAGUUGAUGAAGGGCAAUGUGAUGUUCUAUGAGGAGGACCUGAUUCAGAGCGGCAUAGAUGUCACUGAUGCCUCAGUGUAUUCUGGGAUUUGCAUUGAGCUUUUUAAGGAGGAAACUGUGAUUCUUCAAAGGAAAGUGUAUAGCUUCAUUCAUUUGAGCAUUCAGGAGUUUCUCGCUGCUUUCUAUGUGUUCUACUAUUAUGUAAUAAAACAUAUUGAUACAUUGCAGUUUAGUGAUAUUAUUCAUAACCUGCAUAGAGAUGCCGUAGAUAAGGCCCUCAUGAAUGAGAACGGACACCUGGAUCUGUUCCUGCGGUUCCUGCUGGGCGUCUCACUGGAGUCCAAUCAGAGACUCUUACAGGAUCUACUGACACACACAGAGAACAGCUCAGCGAGUAUCAGUAGGACCACGCAGUACAUUAAAGAGAAGAUUAAAGAUGGACAUGACCUCUCCACUGAACGAUCCAUCAAUCUUUUCCUCUGUCUGCUAGAAGUGAAAGAUCAGACUCUGUACAGAGAGAUUCAGGAGUUUGUGAAAUCAGACAAACACUCAGAGAAGAAACUCUCUCCUGGUCACUGCUCAACAAUCUCCUACAUGCUUCAAAUGUCAGAGGAGCCACUGGAUGAGCUGGACCUCAAGAAAUACAACACAUCAGAUGAAGGGAGAAGAAGAAUGAUACCAGCAGUGCUAAACUAUAGAAAAGCCCUUCUUACUGGCUGUAAUCUAGGUGCUCAGUCCUAUGAAAUUGUGUCAUUAGCUCUUCAGUCUUCAAACUCUGUCCUGAGAGAGCUGGAUCUAAGUAACAAUGACCUCCAGGAUUCGGGAUUGAAGCUGCUCUCUGAUGGACUGAAGAGACCAAACUGUCUGCUCGAGAUACUGAGGUUGUCAGGUUGUAUGGUGACAGAGAAAGGCUGUGGUUAUUUGUCUUCAGCUCUGAGUUCAAACCCCUCACACCUGAGAGAGCUGGAUCUGAGCUACAAUCACCCAGGAGAUUCAGGAGUGCAGCUGCUCAAACACAGACUGGAGGAUCCAAACUACUCGCUGCAGAUACUCAAUUUGGACCAUGGAGGACAUAUCAGAUUGAAACCAGGACUGAGAAAAUACGCCUGUGAUCUCACAAUGGAUCCAAACACAGCACACACUCGACUCAUCCUGUCUGAAGACUACAAAAAAACAACAUGUCUGAAAGAUCAGCCGUAUCCUGAUCAUCCAGACAGAUUCGAGAACCAGGAGCAGGUUCUGUGUAGAGAGAGUCUCACUGGACGCUGUUACUGGGAGGUUAAAUGGGAAGGCUCGGGUCAUGUAGCGGUGUCAUAUAAAGGAAUCAACAGGAAAAGUGGGAUUGACAGUUGGUUUGGUCUCAAUGAAAUGUCCUGGAGUAUGUACUGUUCUGAUACAACUUAUACUGUCUGGUACAAUAAUAAUAACAAAGACGUAUUUGGCCCUUCAUCCCGCUCUAAUAGAGUAGGAGUUUAUCUGGACUGGUCGGCCGGCUCUCUGUCCUUCUACAGCGUCUCUGACACACACACACUCACACACUUACACACAUUCAACACCACAUUCACCGAACCCCUCUACGCUGGGUUUGGGGUUUAUCCUCAAGCUUCAGUGUCUCUGUGUCAGAUUUAACAACCUCUUGUGAGGAUCAACAGAGACACAUACAGAAUUUAUGAUUCACACUUUCACUGUGUUUUUGCAUUUUUCAGUUUAGCUAGUUUCAGUAAUGCAUAUGUGUUCAUUUAAAUCUGUUCUAUAUUAAUUCUAUAAUAUUAUUAGAAACACAUUUUUAAUUAUUGGAAAACGCAUUUGGGUGUACAAUUAUAUUUUUAAUAACUUUAAGUCAUAUGUAUUUCUAAAAUGAGCUCACUAUGAAGCCUUGAGAGCAUGUGACAUAAUAUGUGCUUUUGUCUCCUUUAGUACUUAGUUAUCAAAAAUGUGAAGGACUUGUAUAAUAAAUGAAAUUUUACAGGUUGAAGUGGAUUUCAUUUGACAUCACUAAAAAAUGUGUUGGUUAAACAUUACUAUUAUAUUUUUGAAGGCAAAUUUUCUUUUUUUAAUUUUAUAAAAGACGCUACUCCAUAGAGGGUUAAAUCUUAAAUAUCUAACAUGUUUGAUAUAAUCGGGGCAGACCUGAUUUGUUGUUAGUUUGUUGUAAUGUGCUCACAUGCAAUUCUUGUUUUCGUAUUAAAUUGAUAUGUAGUAAGAUCUAAAAGGCUUAUGUAAAUCCACUCUGGUGACUUACGUGUGGAGCUCCUGUUUGCUAUACAUAAUAAAACAAGUUUUUACAGUAAAA